GUGCUAAGUAACAAGUAAAGAUACAGAUGGGUUGGCAUUGUCAAAUGCCUAAAAAAAUACCAACUUUUUCUGCUACUUAAGAAAGUUGAUUGUCUGUCAAUCCCUUAAUAGAUACUCCCAUUCAUUUCUUCUUCUUAUAUACUUGCUUCAACACUCAUCUAAAGGUAAAAAAAACACAACACAGAGAGGAGAAGAAGAAAAAAAAGAAAUGGGGAGAGGAAAGAUAGAGAUAAAGAGAAUUGAAAACUUAAGCAACAGGCAAGUAACAUACUCAAAGAGAAGAAAUGGAAUCUUGAAAAAAGCUAAGGAAAUUAGUGUUCUUUGUGAUGCUCAUGUUUCUGUUAUCAUUUUUGCUACUUCUGGAAAGAUGCAUGAGUUUUCCUCUACUCCUUUGGUUGAUAUUUUGGAUCAAUACCACAAGCUUACUGGAAGAAGAUUGUGGGAUGCUAAGCAUGAGAACUUGGACAAUGAAAUCAACAAAGUCAAGAAAGACAAUGACAACAUGCAAAUAGAACUCAGGCACCUAAAGGGUGAAGACAUAUCCUCUUUGAAAUAUAGAGAACUCAUGGCAUUGGAAGAUGCUCUUGAAAAUGGACUCACUAGUAUCCGUGACAAACAGAAUGAGUUUAUCCGGAUGAUGAGGAAAAAGAUUACUCAGACUCAACAUAUGGAGCAGGAGCAAGAUCAACUUAACUGUCACUUGAGGCAACUAGAGAUAGCAAGCAUGAAUAGGAACAUGGGAGAAAUAGGGGAAGUGUUUGAGCAGACAAGGGAAAAUCAUGAAUAUGGUCAAAUGCCUUUUGCCUUCAGAGUCCAGCCAAUGCAGCCUAAUUUGCACCAAAGGUUCUAAAUCAAUAAUCAAACCUCCAUCUAUCUAGCUAUGUGUUCAUCGCCUUUUAUUAGUAAUAUAUAUGGUUCCUAUUUUAAUUUGUGCUUUAAUUUCAACAAACUUUGGUGUGUAAUAUGAUCAAUACUCAUCUUUACUCUAUGUAUUAAGGGAUAUUAUAUCUCUAUCUAUCUAUGAUUAUUAUACUA